AUGUGGGAAACGGAGACGAUCGCCGAGCUUCCAGCGUCGGGCGCAGGAGCCGUUCGCGCUCCUAUCGAUCUUCGAGAAGAUCUGAAUCUAGAGGGCUACUGGACGGACGGGAAGGAAGCCUUCAUUCUGAACAUUGCAGACGAAGACGCCUCCUUCAUUCUCGGCUCGGGUGGGCGAACGAAGCGCAAGCUCAGCCACGUGUGUGGCGCGGAUCUGAAUAUCCUGGAGAGGGACGGGCGGACAGUUCUGGAGAUCCGCGGUACUCCCGACACAAUCGACAAGGCGAAGUUGUACAUUGGAUUCGUCAUGCAGCAGCGCGUCGGCCCCGUCGCUCUGCCUCCCGAUGCAGAGAAGCGAGACGACUUGACAAUCAUUCAUGUUCCCCACGAGUGUGUGGGCUACGUGACCGGAAGAAAGGGAGCCGGGCUGCGCAGUGUCGAGGAGGAGUGGAAUACUCUGAUGUUCUUCACCGACUUGCGUUCCAAGGAGGCAGGCGAAACGGAGAAACUCGCCAUCUUCGGCGAAAUGCGUGCGCGCCGGGGUUCAGAAUUGAAGGUCAUGAGUGCAGUGGAACAGAAGAUGCCGGGGUAUUUCAUCAAAGACGAUGAAGAACACUUCUCGAACAACCCCGACUUCGACACUGACCGGAUUCCUAUCAAACUGGAGGACUACUCCUACGCGUUGGGUCAACGAGGAAGCACUCGAAAAAAGCUUGCGAGAGCGUCAGGUGCAAUUUUGGAAUAUGUUGGCCGACACGCGUACAUUGCGGGAACGAUGGCAGAGAGGACUCGCGCGCGCCAGUACCUGCAGUGGUUGUGUGCCCAGAGAACGUCGUAUGUCCACGUGGAAACGGAUGGCCGUGACGACUGCGAUGUUGUCUCGCUGCCGGUCGAUGCGGUGGCCUACGUGACUGGAAGCAAAGGAAGCAAUCUGCGCCGGGCAGAAGAAGAGACUGGCACGUUCAUCUUCCUGGACGGCUCGCGAGGCGGCAGAGACGAGCGUCUGCUCAUCUUCGGUUGGAACGCGGAGGCGCGGUCUCGAGCGAGACAGAAGAUCCUAGCUCGCGUCGAUGAGAAGAUGUCCGGGCGUGCGAGACCCAUUGGUGCGGGUCCAGGUCGGUACCGCUCUCGCAGCCCACGCUAUGACCGUCGAUACGGCGGAUACGAUGAUUACCGUGGAGGUUACGGCGGAGGCUACGGAGGUGGAUACGGCGGCCGUGAAGGUGGCCGGGGCUACUACGGGGGAGGAGGUCGAGGCGGUUACUACGGCGGCCGCGACAGAUCCGCCAGCAGAGACGGCGGAUACGGCAGAAGCCGCUCUCGCGAGUACUACGGUGGCCGAGGCCGUGACCGCUCUCGAAGCUACGACAACGACAGCUACAGAAGCGGCGGUCGGGACCGCUAUAGAAGUCCGGUGCGGAUCUCCACUUCGUGUCGGUUGGGGUUUUACGUGGAAGCCGAGUUCGCGCAAUCACAUCCCGUAGCUUCAGCCCCCUCCGUGUUCGCGCGCGUCUCCUACCGUUUUUGCCAAGGCUUGCGAGCGAAGUCAAGCGAGCGCAUACGACAGACGCUAUCACCUGUGCCCCGCGCGAUCGGCACCAUGCUCGGACACAUGAAUGUACUCGUAGAUCAAGGCCGUGUUUUUGGUCUGUUGACGCGUCACCGUCUCGCUGUUCGUGACCAUGUUAGAACCGCGUUUCCGCCCCCGAGGCGCCAAUGUGGAGACACGUGGUGCAAGGCAUGCUUCGAGCUCCCCGGCCAGCCCGCCCUCCGAAGAGCUCUCGGCGGCGCACUCAGAGCAGAACGCGUUUUUCAUGUGCCGAGACCGUGGAGAGGACACAGUGUGUGCUGA